GGACAGCGCCGUCAAGGUGGUCGUGGUCUGCCACACGCGAGAGCUGGCCUACCAGAUCAAGCACGAGUUCGACCGCUUCGCCAAGUACUUCAAGGACCUGAAGACCGGGGUGGUGUACGGCGGCACGCCGAUCUCGAAGGACAGGGCGAUGCUCAAGGACGGACGCGUGCCCCCACGUCCUCAUCGGCACGCCGGGGCGCCUCCUCGGCCUGCUGAGGGAAAAGGAGACCUCAAGCUUGACAAGCUCACGCAAUUUGUCUUGGACGAGUGCGACAAGUGCUUGGAGAAGCUGGACAUGCGGAAGGACGACAUCCAGCAGAUUUUUGUGGAGACGCCUAAGAAGAAGCAGGUCAUGAUGUUCAGUGCCACGAUGACAACUGAGACUAGGGGGCUCUGCAAGAAAUUCAUGACCCUCACGAGAUUCGCGUUGACGAGGAGUCCAAGCUCACUCUUCACGGAGGGGAUGGCUCCUGCAGUAUUACGUCAAGCUCGCCGAGAAAGAAAAGAAUCGCAAGCUAAAUGAUCUGCUAGACGCUCUUGAGUUUAACCAGGUCGUUAUCUUCGUGAAGUCAGUGCAGCGCGCCAUCGCGUUGGAUAAACUUUUGGUGGAGUGCAACUUCCCUUCCAUCGCGAUCCAUUCCGGCCUGCCGCAGGAGGAGCGGAUUGCCCGCUACAAGCAGUUCAAGGAGUUCCAGAAGCGCAUCAUGGUCUCCACGGACGGGGGGACUUGUUUGGGCGUGGUAUUGACAUCGAGAGGGUGAACAUCGUUAUCAACUACGACAUGCCCGAUGACAGCGAUAGUUAUUUGCACCGAGUUGGCCGUGCCGGCCGCUUCGGAACGAAGGGUUUGGCGAUCACCUUCAGCAGCUCGGACGAGGACCGACGCCGCCGUGCUGAAGAAGGUGCAGGAGCGCUUCGAGGUCAACGUCGAGAGCAUGCCCGCCCAAAUCGACACCACUUCCUACUUGAACGCGUGAGUGGGUCGAUUGUUUGGCGCUGGCCCCGUGGCAGACCGGGCCAACUUCCCUGCCAGGGGAUGCGCCCGCUCGCCCGUCUUCUCCUUCAGCAGGUGCGAGUCUGCCCAUGAGCCAGCGCGCCGGUCCCCAGCUCUGGCGCCGGGCACCGGCCGGAGCGAGGAGCUCCGCCGGAAACAGUUGUGGGCGCGCGCCCUUCUUCGGGCCACGGUGUCAAGCAGUGGCGGAGCGUCCCGCGCAGCACAUUUGCAAU